GAUAACGUGCGAGAAGACGAGCUGAAUUACCCCUCACGUCUCGGAGAGGCAAACAUGACCCGUUAGAAGUCGUCAGCCGAACCGGUCGUGGGUGUUUUUUGUCGGACAGCGGCCCUUCGUCAUCUCAACUGUUCAGAGCGCGUGACUCGUAUUUAUCUCCCCGCCGCCGUUACGGUGACGUUAGCAGAACUUAGCAUAACAGCUAACAGCAGCUAGCCACGCGAGCUAACUGUCGUUGUGAGGACCCGAGAGCAACCGGAGAAAACAUGACGCGCGUCGGCGGCGUCCAGUCGUGGUGCCUGGGAGUGACGUUACAGCUGGUGUUAGCUGUCGUCCUGCACCAGGGCUUCGCCACAGUUGCCCCGCCCACGACUGCGCCGCACAAAGACCCCGGAAGACCUGAGGAAGGACACUACACGGUCACCAGAAGCAACGGUACUGCCUGUUUACUGGCAUCCAUGGGUCUCCAGCUCAACAUCUCCUUCAACUCUCUCUCCCAAAAUAAGACAGUGCAGGAUGUUGUGAACCUUCAGCCCAAUUUGACAAAGACCUCUGGAUCGUGUGACUCGGACAGAGCCUCCCUGCAGCUCUCAACAGAUGCAGAGAAGACCAACCUCACCUUUACCUUCACUCUGAAUACCACGUCCAAUAAGUACCACCUGAGUGAAGUGUCUCUGUCAGCAGACUGGCCAGACAUGAAAGAGCCCUUGUCAGCCAAUAACUCCGGUCUGGACGAGCUGCGGGGCACCUUCGGGUUCUCGUACAUGUGCCACGAGAAGCAAACUCUGCGCUUGGCCCCGGAUUGGUCCGUCAACACCUUCCAGCUGCAGGUGCAGCCAUUCGGCCUCACCGGAGAUCAGUUCGGAGCAGCCGAGGUAUGCCAGUUGGAUGAGGACGACAUGUUGAUCCCCAUCAUAGUCGGAGCAGCUUUAGCCGGUCUCGUCCUCAUCGUGCUCUUGGCUUACUUCAUCGGUCGGAAGAGGAGCCAAGCUGGAUACCAGACCAUCUGAGGUCACGCGGCGCUCUCAUCUUCCCGGAGGCCAGUGCGAGCUAUCCCACCCUUUAAGAUUAACCACUGUUUUAUGAGACUUAACCACCCUGUCCCUGUAUCGCCCUUCAUCCUCCUUCAUCUCUGUGUGUGUGCUGUUCUUUGCCCUCAUCAGUAACACUAGUCGUUAUCACUUUGAGGAGGUUGAUAGGCUCUUUCUGAACUGAGGGGCUUUGUUUGGAGAUUGUGAUGAAAUGAGGGGGGGAAGAAACCUACUGGUACUAAGUGACUGGGGGGGUGGAUGUUGAGCAGAGUCCACGAAAGUUCUCCAAUUGUAGUAUUUAUGAUUUCUGUGAAAGGAAUUUUGAGGGACUGUGUGAUUUGAGAGGAAAGCUACCGUCGCAUUACUUAUUGCUCACGGGCUUUUGGGCGGCGGCUAUUUUGUGGUCUUUCCCUAAAUGAGGUUUGCUAUUGUGAAGGGAAUCAUUUUGUCUGUUACUUAAUCCACUUUAGAAAGUAAAGAUGUGUUUUUUAUUUAGUUUUUGUUUUUGCAACUCAACAUUCAGCCCAAGUUUGCCGAAUUUCUGUUUAUGACUAAAAUCACAGGAACCUAAAUCCUGGCGUCCACUAUGGAGUCGAGAUGCAUUUAGCAAUGUCUUUAGUUCUGUGGGAUUAGUGUUGCUGUGUCCCUCUUCAAGGUACUCGACUCAUUGCACAAGCAGUUUUCAACUCUAAGAUAAUUGUGUUUUGGCCUUUUCACUUAAUUUAUGGGAAAUGUGCUCAUUUGAUUUCUCGCUGAGGGUUUGUUGAGCAGAUAUUCGCCAACAGUAUUCUACACUCAGCUGGCUGUUAACUUGGCACAAAGACUAACAGUCACUGAUGUACAUGUUGUAUUUUGUUAGUUUAAUCUGUACAAAGGCUGAAGUUGAACCACUUUGUACGCAUUGGGAGUUGCUGACGGCCAUGUUUUAGCCAGUCUUUACGCUGAGCUAACUGUCUCCUGGCUGUCUUGUCAUAAUUUCCGUAGAGACACGAGUAACCCUUUUAUCAGCUUUCAUCAAUGUUCUCCAAUUCUCGGCACACCUGAAUUUCCCAAAAUGUCAAAUGACAUGAUUGGUGGUCGUAGCCCCUCUCUGGGACUCUGUUACAAUGUUUGCACAAAACGGGAGUUGCAAUCAAACCAUCUUAAAAAACUUCAGUUUGCGUCGGUGGAUGAAAAAGCUCAGGGCGCCACUGUAAAGUGUAAUAAUCUGUAAGUGUUAAAAAUCCACUGGGUGGUUUUGUUCUUUCCCCCUGAAUGUGGCCCCUCUCGGGGUUUUGCUUGCUGAAGGGGAGAACAUUGCACAGAAGUUUCUCAAAUGGCUUCCUGUCGGGAUUAAAGAGGCCAAAAUAAUCUGGUCAGUAUUCAUCAGUGCCUUCCCAGCUGUAACCAACUGGGAUGAAAGUAAAGCCAAUACCACAGAGGUACUCACUCCCUGACGCCGUGUGCUGCCACAUAACCUUCCUUUACCGUUGCAUUGUUUGUUUUUAAUAUGUUUUAUCCUCCCUGAUCUAAAUGUCCAUGUGAUUUAAUCAUGUUUGAAUUUAUUUAGUUUCAGCAGUUUUCUAAAAGAGCGGUCAAUAAAAGUGAAUGAACCAG